AGUUGUUUAAAGAAAAAUAAUAUUAAUUCAAAGAUAGUUUUAAAGCUGGUUUUCAGUAUGAUAGAGAAAACGAAUUGUAAAGGUCUUAUUAAAACUAUUGAAGACAGUAAAGAUGUUGAGUAUUUUUCAGAAGAUUCUGAUGUGGAAGUUGAGUUUCAGCCUUCAAAACAAAAAAUAAAGAGGAAAACGGAUUUUGAUCAUGAUUUUGAUUUUAUGAGUUCAAAUAACGAUUAUAAUAAGGAUACAUGGAACGACGUAACUAAAUAUAUAAAAAGAAAGGCCAAAACCAAAGUUGAUGAUAAAAUUAAUAAAAUAAGAGAAUCACAAAAUAAAGAUGAUGUUGAAACUGAGGACCUUAAUAACCUUCCAGGGGAUGAUAUAUAUUUAUCUGAAGAUGAAUUGGAAUAUGAUAGGAUUAAAACAAAGGAGAAAAAAAAUAAGAAAAAUAAUGAAAAUAAUGAUUUUUUUGAAGAUGCUGAUAUUGAUAGGAAUAUAGGCAGUUUUUAUCAGAUGAAUAUAUCAAGACCUUUACUAAAAGCUAUAACCGAAAUGAAUUUUAUACAUCCAACGCCUAUUCAAGCAGCUACUAUUCCUGUUGCUUUAUUGGGAAGGGAUAUAUGUGGAUGUGCUGCAACUGGUACUGGAAAAACUGCUGCCUAUAUGCUUCCCACUUUAGAACGACUUUUAUUUAGACCUUCAGGAGGUACUUCAGUUACUAGAGUUUUGGUGUUAGUGCCAACUCGAGAGUUGGGGGUUCAAGUCUACCAAGUAACAAAACAAAUUUGCCAAUUUAGUGAUAUUCAAAUCGCUUUAGCAGUGGGCGGAUUGGAUUUAAAAGUACAGGAGUUAAUGCUUCGAAAAAAUCCAGAUAUUGUUAUAGCCACUCCUGGAAGACUAAUAGAUCACUUAAAAGGAACACCUACUUUUACCUUGGAUUCUAUUGAAGUUCUUAUUCUUGAUGAAGCAGAUAGAAUGUUGGAUGAGUAUUUUGCAGAGCAAAUGAAAGAAAUUAUUAAACAAUGUUCUAGACAAAGACAGACCAUGCUAUUUUCUGCCACUAUGUCUGAUGAAGUAGAAAAUUUAGCUGCUGUUUCACUAAACAAGCCAGUGAGAGUUUUUGUUGAUAAUAAUAAAGAUGUAGCGUUUAACCUAAGGCAAGAAUUUAUUAGAAUAAGGACCAAUAAAGAAACUGACAGGGAAGCAAUUCUUUCAGCAUUAAUAUGUAGAACAUUCAGAGAGCAUUGCAUGGUAUUUGUUCAAACUAAAAAACAAGCACAUAGGCUACAUAUUGUAUUGGGGUUAUUAGGAUUGAAAGUAGCUGAGUUACAUGGUAAUUUAACGCAACCUCAGCGACUUGAGGCUCUACGAAAGUUUAAAGAUGAAGAAGUAGAUAUAUUAGUUGCAACUGAUGUGGCAGCAAGAGGUUUGGAUAUUCAAGGAGUUCAAACAGUCAUAAAUUAUGUAAUGCCUACAACUUUGGAACAUUAUAUUCACAGAGUAGGCAGAACGGCUAGAGCAGGGAGAGCAGGUGUUUCUGUAAGUCUUGCCGGUGAACAAGAACGAAAAAUUGUUAAAGAUAUUAUAAAAAGAGCACGGCAACCCGUUAAAGGUAGAGUCAUACCACCUGAAAUAUUAGAAAAGUACAAAGUAAAACUAAAAAAUCUAGACUUUCAAGUUACAGCAAUUUUGCAAGAAGAAUAUGAAGAAAGAUUAUUAAACAAAACUGAAAAUCAAUUUAACCGUGCCGAAAAGAUUUUAAAGGGCGAAAAGAAUGAUGUAAGGCCUUGGUUUCAAACUAAAUCUGAGAGAAAGGAUGAAAAAGAAAGGCUAAAUAAUAAAUUUAAAGAUAAAAAUAAUAAAAAGAAAAAGGACAAAACAAAUAUUCCAGAUGAAAAAAAUGAUAAAAUUGCACGUAUGCAAGCUAAAUCAGCAAAAAGAAAACAAAAACAGAAAAAAAUAAGUGCCGUUCAAAAUGAUGUUCAAAUUACUAAAACUAUUGGCAAUAAACGGAAGUCGAAUUUUGAUGCUCUAACAAAUACAUCCUUUAAAAAUGCGAAAAAAUUAAGAUACCAACCGAAAGAAACCAGUGAACGUAACCGAAAAUUUGGAUCACAAUUUAUGAGGAAAAAUGACAAGAAAAAGUAAAUUUUGUUUUAAUAUUUUGCAUUUAAUAA